GACAAACGUCAACGAUGCUGCAAUUGUUUAACGUGCCAGCUCCCACUUCUUCAGUCUUCUGUGGUUUUAUGUGUUUUGUACGAAAAUAUCAUAUAUCACACACCAAAAAAUAUCUCAAAAUCUCAACAUACACUUUGUCCACAGUAUGUUUUGUAACAGUAUGUCUUUGUAAGGCAUAGCAAACGUAACAAACUUUUAAUUAUGCUUUACAUCAUUCAUGGCUUAUAAGACCAUCUUUCUCGAAAAAAUUUUGCAAAACUUUUGUAACUAUCAUGUCCAAUAUUGAAAUCAAGCACUUGUUUAACUACAGCAGGUUUCCUGAUGGAGAUACAACAAGAAUUCUAUUUGUCUUGUACAUACCCUUAGGAGUAAUUAUACUAUUGUUGAGAAUCAUUGUACUUUUAUGUGCUAUGCUGCUGGGUUAUAUUUUACCAGAAACUGUUCCAUGCCGCAAAUUCAUCAACAAAAUUACAUGCAUGGCAUUAGGAAUAGCUGUUACUAUUGAAAACCCGAAGGCUAAAGAGAAUGUUGGAGUAUUUGUUAGCAACAAUCUCUCUGUCUUUGAUCAUGUGGCUGUGCAAAGUGUGACUGAUGCUGUUAUGCCAGUGAAAACAGCAUUAGAGAAGAUAGUCAAGUUAAACAAUUUUGACUUUGGAAGUAUAUCCGAGCCUGGUAGAUUCAAAGAAAAUGUACAGAAAUUCAUUCUAGAGAACGAAACCGCAGCAUUUUUUGUACCAGAAGAAAAACCGACAAAUGGGAAGUAUUUGCUGAAGUUCAAAACGUAUCCUUUCCAACUGUCAACGAAAGUUCAGCCAAUCUGUAUACAAAUAGAGAGGCCAUUCAUGAAUACUGGUGUUACUGUAUUUGGAUCAUCAUACACAUAUGAUGCAUUAUUUUUCAUGCUGUCCCCUCUUACCAAUUUCAAGAUACGAUUUCUGGAGUCGGUGGAGAGGAAGAGCCUUUCUGAUGAAGAAUUUUCGGAAGCUGUUAGGCAAAAGAUUGCUGCCUGUUUGAAGCAUCCAAAACUGUUUCGCCUGACAUACUUCAGCAAGCGUAAUACAGCUAUUCCCAUACUCGUAAGACUCAUGGGGUGUUAUUGUGGGGUCACUCAGCCAGCUCAUCAGAAGUGUUUGCUGCCCAGAGGACAUGCAUCAGGGUCAUCUUGAACACACCCUAUAGGAACGAUUGUAUGGAACAUUAUUUCUCUGGGUGUAAUAACACUACCUUGUGCGUACAUCCUGUACUGUGCCUGUUCCAUGAAAGCAAAAAUGUUGAUAACAAUGGCAGGGUCCUCCACAGCUAUGAUGCUAGAUACCGUAAAGAUAUGUCCAUACUCUACAGUAGGAUCGACAGAUCCAGGGAUGGGCAUAAUUAUUAUGGUAUCAAGUUCUUUAAUGCCCUCCUUGAGUCAGACUUUUGAGCAUUGCAUCGCUGAAGACCACGCUGUCAUCAUACCUAAAGCGGAAAGCUUGUUAUGCUAUUGAAACCUUUCUAGUCAAUGAAUCAUAUUGUUUAUGUUUUUUCUUUUUUACAUAUAUAUUUUAGUGUAAUUACGUGUGUUUUGAACUUGUUUGUUUUAUUUAGUAUUGAUGCUGA